CAGCAUCGGUUCCUCGUACGUAUGGUAGCGUUGGAAAGCGAAACCAAAACUGGCGCUCCCCGUGACAACAGUGCACCGCAGCUUUGUUGCUAGURAUUGAUUUCAGAACAAACGAACCACCCCAAACGAAGCACUAGAUAGGACACUAUCAUGAAGAUCUCUUCUUCGAUUUUUUCCGUGGCAGCUGGCUUGCUCGCUGUCGCGUGCAACAAAAGCUCGACGCUCGUUUCUGCCAUCGAGGUCGGUGACAGCCUCCCCGAUGGCCUGACCCUCCACCACGGYUUUCCCCCAGAGCGCAUCGCUCUCGCCGAUCGCACGAAGGGCAAGAACGUCUUGCUGGUCGGGCUCCMCGGGGCCUUUACGCCGACCUGAUCCAGUCGCCAGGUUCCCGUAAGUCGUUGCUGCUGCACUUGCUUCCUUGAUUACCAGGGUAKUGCUGUUCCAUUCACUUCAUUUCAAUGGUCCAUUCGUAUYCGUAUCCGUWUCURUAUCCCUGCGCUUUGGCUUAUUUCUCACCACUCGCUCUUGCUUACGUGAUGUUCUGUAUCAAUCUCGUCUCCCUGCCUUUCACGAACUCGCGUUGCACCGCAGGGAUACCUGGCCAAUCAAAAAGCUUUAAAAGA